AUCAUUAAAAGCAGUCAAAGCUUCAACCAGUUGAGAUGACUCUUCAAUGGAACUUAGUUGCAGGCCUAUUAUGGUUCCUUUCAUUGGGAUCGGCACACAAGGACCACCAUCAGCAACAGGAUAAUGAAAACUGGUGGCGCCAUGAGGUCUUCUAUCAGAUCUAUCCCAGAUCGUUCAAAGACAGCAAUGGCGAUGGCAUCGGUGAUCUUAAUGGCAUUACCUCCAGGCUGGAAUACUUUGUGGAUACGGGCAUUACGUCCAUCUGGCUAAGUCCCAUUUUCAAGUCACCCAUGGCGGAUUUUGGCUAUGAUAUAUCCGAUUAUAGGGACAUCCAAAGGGAGUAUGGCACACUCUCGGACUUUGAUGCAAUGAUUGCUAAGGCCAAUCAGCUGGGCAUCAAAGUCAUCUUGGACUUUGUGCCCAAUCACAGCUCCGACGAACACCCAUGGUUUAUAAAGUCCGCUAAACGAGAGGCCGGCUAUGAAGAAUUCUAUGUGUGGAAGGAUGCUAAAGUAAAUAAUGAUGGAAUUCGAGGACCACCAAACAACUGGGUCUCUGUGUUCUCUGGCUCUGCAUGGGAGUGGCACGAAGGCAGACAACAGUACUAUCUGCGUCAAUUCACCAAGAAACAGCCUGAUCUCAACUAUCGCAAUCCUGCCGUGCUGCAGGCCAUGGACGAGAUUCUACUGUACUGGUUGCAGAAAGGUGUUUCCGGUUUUCGAGUCGAUGCCGUCAACUACGUCUAUGAGGAUGAGCAGCUGCGCGAUGAGCCAGUAAGUGGCACCACAACUGAUGACAGUUCCGUUGAUUAUUUAAAACACAUAUACACAAGAAAUCAGCCGGAAAACUAUGCACUCAUCCAGCAUUGGCGCCAGCUGCUCGACAAAUAUGCGGCAGAGAACUCAGUACCCGCAAGGGUUAUGAUGACAGAGGCCUAUGCGGAUCUAUCUCAGCUAAUGGAAUUCUAUGAAGAUGCAAAUGGUGUACAGGGCUCCAAUUUUCCGUUCAACUUUGACUUCAUUACUGAGCUAAAUGCAGACUCUCUCGCUCAGGACUUUGUGUUCUAUAUUCAGAGAUGGCUGACUUAUAUGCCGCCUGGACACUCGGCCAACUGGGUGCUCGGCAAUCAUGACAAUCCACGAGUGGCCUCCAGAUUCGGUGUGAAGACAGUGGAUGCAAUGAAUAUGAUAUCGAUGACCCUGCCGGGCAUUGGCAUUACCUACUAUGGCGAAGAGCUGGGCAUGCAGGAUUAUCGGGACAUUAGCUUUGCAGAUACGGUGGAUCAGCCCGCCUGCGAUGCAGGUCCCGAUAACUACAAGUGGAUUUCCCGCGAUCCCGAACGCACUCCGAUGCAGUGGAAUGAUGAGGAGAAUGCUGGUUUCUCGACUGCUGCUCAGACCUGGCUGCCAGUGCAUCCUAACUAUCCGGAGCUGAAUCUUAAUGCCCAGCAGGAGGCCAUUCGCAGCCACUAUAAGGUCUAUCAAUCGCUGCUGAAGCUGAGGAAAUCGCGAGUCCUUCAGGAUGGUACAUUUGCCGCUCAGGCUUUUAAUCGUGGAGUGUUUUCCUUUAAGCGUGAACUGAAGGGUCAACCCACCAUACUGACCAUCGUAAAUGUGAGCAAUCGCUAUCAGCGAGUGGAUGUCAGCGAUUUCAUCGAUAUGCCCAAUCACCUAACCAUUUUGGUUGUCAGUGUUUUCUCCCAGUACAGGGUGGGUGAGCGUCUGAAGACCACCGAGGUCAAAUUGUCACCCUAUGAAGGUUUAGUUAUACAGCUGAAGCCCCGCAAGUAAAUCACUAAAUCAAAAUAUGGCAAUAUUUAAGCAAAUUGUAGAAAUUUAUUUUGGCAAUAUAUAGAAAAGCAUCGAA